AUGCCGGUAGCUUCCAUAGCUUUAACGCCAUACAGUAACUACCUUGCUCCAGAACAGAUGGAAGUGGAAGAGAAUGAGAAAAAAUGUGAUGAGUCUAACAAAUCAACGCGUCCAAUUCGUCAAAAUUUUGACAUCGCCACAGGGUCUAGGAUGAUGAGUAAAAGUCCCAUACGCCAGAAAUCGAUUCAUUUCGAGGAGAAUUUUGAAUCUUCCUCUCUGAAUACUUUGUACAAUACAAGACACUACCAUUCUCAACUUUUGCAUCACUUAGACCAGGUACCAUAUCAUCUCCUGUGGGGUACACAGAUUGUCCACAAUUGCCAUACCGGUAUCUAAUCGAACAAACUCUUUUUCUACAAAGCUUCAAGAAAAGUUGGGUCUCCUUACACUGACAGCAAGCCACAACCUCGUAUUGGAGUCGGAUUUACGCGUAUCGGAUUAACUAAACCUAGUAAGUCAAUACUAUUUGUGGUUGAUAGGUUCAAUAAGUAGCCGUGGACACCCUUUGAAGAUCUUCGCAAAUCUAUUCAAAGGUCACUUUUUCCCUCACUCUCGUUCAUUUAAGCCAUUUCAUAGCAGACAUUUGAAUUCAAACUUCGCACUUUGAAGGUUUUAUAUUAGUUGAUCUACAGUCUUUUCAAAAGAUCGCGACAUCCUCACAUCACCACAAUCAAUUUAUACCCACCUUUCUCGAUUUUGCUUCAUCGAUUCCAUUUUGUAACAAAAGCAAAUUCUCGCAAAAAUGCUUCAGACCCUCGUAAUUGUUCUCAUCUGCAUCGUGGCCGUCAUUGUUAUGAUCGGUCUAGCCGCAUUGAUCAACACGGCAACGAAGAAGACGGGACCUAACAUUCCUGUCUAAGAUGUAUAAUCAGGAACAAAACGAAAUGUCUUUCAAAUAAUUCCUCUAAGCCACGACUGUUUCAAAGUGAAAACCAACGCUCACAACCAUCUCCUUCCUCCCUCCACAUUUCGAUCUCAAGGCAUGAUGGUCAUGACCAUAUGCCAUACAUCAAUCUUCUUCGUUCAGCGGCUGUCACGAUAUUAUAUGGGUAACGGGGUGCGAACAUGUUUCUAGGGCUCUGGGUUGGUGGAAAUAAUGGCGUCAAUGAUGGAUAUCCGGCGUGUUUUUUUAUGUCCAAUAUGAAGAUUGAGAAAAAUCGUAUCUUCAUGUAUUUUGGGGGAUUGCUGGAUGAAUUGUUCUGGCUAGAUGUCGGUUUCUUCUCCAGUGUUGGAUAUGUACAAAUGUUUAGCGGCUAGAUUGCUACAUGGCUGGUAGGCUUGGCGAGUUUGAAUCCCAGUAUACUUCCUGAGCUCAUCGGGCUCCACGAUGGUACCUCGUUUUAAAGAUUCAUCAAAAAUAGUUGAUGAGUCUGGGGGAAAGGGUAUUAACAGGUUAUGGAAGCAUAUAGGAUGGAGGUAUCGGGGAUCCAUUGUCAUAUGAAUGGAUAUGCUAUAUAUGAUGAAUAGAUUUUCCCGUCUAACAUCAACCUUGACAAUGAAACUGUCUGCUUAUUUUCCCCUUUGAUGAGUCCAUAACAACCGAUUCUUGAAAUCCAGUUGCUUGAAAAUGUUUGUACU